UGGUAACAGGAAAGUGAAACUCAUUUUACUUCUAGUCCACAGAAAGCAUCAUGGCUGCUGCAAAUCCAGCAAAAACCCUUCUGGAGGAAGCUACUUGUUCCAUCUGUCUGGAUUUAUUUCAGGAUCCUGUGAUGAUAAUAGAAUGUGGGCACAAUUUCUGCCGAAAGUGCAUCACCAAAUAUUGGAAAGGAUCUGAUUGCAGUGCCUGCUGCCCGGAAUGCAGAUGCUUGUUUUCCUGGACAAAUCUCAAACCAAACAGACAACUGGGGAAUAUGGUAGAAACGGCUAAACAACUCGGUUUGCAGCUAGAGAACAGCUCGGAAGGAGAGAGAAUGUGCAAGGAACACCAGAAGCCCCUGACUCUCUUCUGCAAAACUGAUGAGACUCUCAUUUGCCAGGUCUGUGAUAGAUCCAUAGCUCACCGGAGUCACACAGUUGUUCACACAGAAGAAGCUGCUGCAGAUUACAAGGAGAUGCUGCUAAAGCAUCUUAGAAAUCUGAAGGAAGGAAGAAACAAGAUUCAGUCAGCUAAAUCAAAUGGAGAAAAGCCAAGCCAGGAAUUGUUGAAAGAGACACAAACCAAGAUACAAGAGAUUGUAUCUGAAUUCCAACAACAGAGGCAGUUUUUGGAACAACAAGAGCAACUCCACUUAUCCAAGCUGAGAGACCUGGAAAAGAAGAUUGAGAAGAAAAGAAAUGAUUAUGCCAGCAAGUGUGUGCAUGAAAUAUCUUGCAUCACUGCUCUGAUUGGUGAUGUGGAAAAGAAAGAUAAGCAGCCAGCAAAUGAAUUCCUGCACGUAAGACCCCCAUGUAAAAUAUGUAAGAAUGGGAAAUUCUAUUAUCCAGCUGUACCGGAUACUUCCGAUAUGAAGAGAAGGCUUAAUCAGCUCUGCCAAGAGAGCACAUCUCUGCAAAGUUCUUUUAAGAAUUUCCGAGAGAACAUGUUGAAAUCAAAAUGGAUCAAAGAAAAUGUGUUGCUGGAUCCAGAAACAUCCCAUCCCCGAUAUAUUGUGUCUGCUGAUCGGAAGACUGUAAAAUGGGGGAGUGCCCGUCAGCAGUUUCCCUACAACAAAAAGAGGUUUCAGUGUGUUCGCUGUGUUCUUGGCUCUGAGGGGUUCACUUCAGGAAAACAUUAUUGGACUGUGGAUGUAGGAGAUGGAGAUUAUUGGGCUGUGGGAGUGGUCAGAGAAUCUGUGGAGCGGGAGGAGGAAAUUCCUCUUGAACCUGAUGAGGGAAUCUGGGCAAUUGGGCUUUAUGACAAUCAGUACAAAGCUCUGACCUCACCUCCUACUGUGCUAGAGGUAGAGGAUGAGCCAACAGAGAUCCAGGUAUCUUUGAAUUAUGAAGCAGGGACAGUUAAUUUUUAUGAUGCAGAAGAUAGGACCCGUCUGUUCACUUUUCAGUCAGUUGAUUUUGAAGGGGAGGAAGUUUUCCCUUUUUUCCGGAUUGUGAAUUCAUCAACUGUCCUGACGAUGUCCUAUUAAAAGACGUGCUAGUGCUCUGCCAUUGUUGAAAGUGGCAGAUGCUGUAAUGCAAGGGACCAAGCUGAAUGUGAAAAUUGAUCUGGGGGUGUUCUUUUUUGUCUACUCUGUUUAGAAGGGAAAAAAGAAUUAGACAUUUAUGACCACUUAAAUUUAGAAGGUGACUUACAACCUACAGCUGUAGCCGGGACUAGACACAAAUUCUUGGUGAAACUUAGGAUGGGUGGAGGCAGCUGAUACCACUAUCUGCAAAACGGGACUUUAUUUUUAGAAUGUUAUAUUCUCUUAUUAUAUGAAUCUGGCUUUAACUCUGUAUUGAUUUAUUGUUGUUACCCGCUCAGAGCCCAUUUAGAGAAGGGUGAAUUAUAAAUUUAAAAUAAUAAAUAAAAUAAAUAAAAUUA